AUGAGAUUCAAGGCCAAGAUCGUGCAGGACAAGCUACUGGCCUUUGCAGGGGUGAUAGGGGCCAUCGAGAAGAUAGGGACCGCGUGCGUUGUGCACCUGACGGAGACAAGAGUACACCUCUCCGUGCAGGAGAGCGGCUCGGAAGGAGUAGACGUCUACGCGGAGCUGAUCCAGGAUAUGUUGUUCCAUGAGUACCGCAUCGAGAGCAGGGCGGGCAACGCGAUCCUCUUCGAGGCGAACGCUUCUCUCCUGCUGCAGGCCCUCAACUCCGGCAAGACGUCGCCGACCUGCCAGAUCAAGCUCGCAAAGAGGGCCGGGCAGCCGUGUCUUUCGAUAGAGACGAGGGCGCUAGAGAUCGAAGUCGUCCACGACAUUCCCGUGAAGGUCAUGCCGGCGAAUGAGGCAGAGUACUACCUGCCGCCGAAGGUCCAUUCGCCGCAGGUUCAACUAGAGCUUCCCCGCCAGCGCUCUUUGCGCACCGUGGUCGACCGCAUGAAGGCCAUAGACAAGUUCCUCUUCGUGGACGCGGACAUGGGCGGACAGUUGGUUUUCAGGGUAGAGAAGGCCGACGCCACGAUCAAGACCUUCUAUUCCAACCUUACCCCAAGAUUCGAGGAGAUGGACGCCAACACCUGCCGGAAAAACAUGUCCAGCGUUAAGGUGGACGUGAAGAAGCUGGCGGCGGUCAUGUCCAUGUAUGCCCUUCGCUUCGACACCGCCAUUUGCUGCAUCAUCGGGGGGUACUCCUUGGUACUUCACGUGAUCCUCUCCCCCAUCAACAUCGGCAACUUGACGUACUACGUUCCCGUCAUGGACGCCGGAGACGACCUUGCAGCAUGACCCCCCCCACCUCCACGGAGCCCCCAAGGAGAAUGAGACAGCGCUUGGUGGGUGUCUCACGCCGCAGGAGAGCAGACAGGCACCCAAUCACGGCGAUCGGCGCCUUGUGUGCGCGCGCGCAUGCAGCGGUGAAUUGUAGUUUGACCUUUUUUACGACGAGGAACCGCAGUGGCGGACGGGAGGAGUGGUCUCCUCCACUGACGUUUCCUGCAGAGACCGCGCAAGAUAGGCUAGCGAACGCGUGUGCCUUGCGAUGAGUUUUUUUUUUUUUUCCCGACAGGGGUUUUGCUGAAGGCACGAAUCUGGGCGCCCCUCGCCCGGUGGUACCUUGCCAUGUGCAUGUGUCGUAGAUAGGUUUUGACGAGGUAACGUUGCUUGUGUGCGGAGGGCUUGUACAUAAGACCCUGGUUGUUUGCCGUUUGGAACUCCUCCUCCUCCUGCAGUUUCUUGUGGCUGUGAGGAGGAGGAGGCGACGACGUCGGACUUCGGUCGACUCGUUUCUGUUGGUGUAUGUCGUUCUAUUGUUUAUGUUGUCAGUCAGUCUGAAGUGCCACCGGCAGCAGUGGUUGCCUAC